AUGUAUUAAUUAUGCAUAGCAUAUACUCAAUUGAAAAAAGAUCUGAGGUUUGAGUUUUGCAUAUCGAAAAAGGAAAAAUCUUUGACAAGGAGCACUGUCCUUGGACUUAUCUGAUGUGAAUUUAAAUUAGUUGAACUCCAAUACAAAUAUCGGAUACCGAAAAAAGUAUCAAAGUAUUGUCAAUAGAGAGAGUUGCUAAACGCAUUAAAGUAGCAAGGUCAGCAGUAAGUCCAAGUUAAAAAUAGCUCAAGUGUGAACUAAGCUGACCGGACGGGCGAUGACUAAUCAACGGACUCUCCGGCCAACCGAAACCCUACAACUGGAAACGGGACUCUCUCUAAUCCCACGCAUUAAGCUCUUACUAACAAUCUACCGCGCCGACAAAUCCGUUUCUCCCAUCGACGAAUGGAAGUUCAAGCGAUCACUAAUCGACUACAUAAAAUCAUCAUUCUCCAUCACGGUUCUCGAGGAGGACCUCCAAAUUCGGAAAUUCAAAGACCUCAACAAGCGUAAACGGGACGAACCGGUGGCGAAAGGCCGAGUUUUUGUGCAUGAUUUAGGGUUUAUGGAGAAGGUGAUUGGUGAGAAUAAGGCGGAGGAGGAGGAGAAGUUUGUGGAAUGGAGGAGGGGAUUUGUGGAUAAAUUGGAUGGAAUUGAGUUGAAUUUGGAAGGUGUGAAGUUUAAGUUGAAGGUGGAUGUUCCGAAGUCGGAUGAUUUUGAAGGAAUGAACAAGGAGUGGGAAGAGAAUAUUGCUUUUGGUGCUCGUGGAUAUCAGAGGAGUGAAAGGAUGCAGCCAGAUACAAUCAUAUUGAAAGGUAUGCCAUCACGAUGGUUCGCAGAGACGAGGGUCUCAUCUAAGCCCUCAAUGCUGGUUACUCAUACAAUUCUUUCUGCACUUGGAAAGAUACGGAAUCUUCAUGUUGCUGAGGACAAUGAUAUAGGUGACAAUGCCAAUGAAGAAGACAUAGUUUCUGGUCUUCACUGUAAAAUUGUAGUGCGGUUUGAGAAUCACAAGGACUUCUAUGACGCCUUGAAGGUUUUAUGUGGUCGCUCAUUGCAAAAGCAAGGAUCACGGCUCAGAGCUGAUUAUGAUGUGACUUGGGAUAAAAACGGAUUCUUCCGAGAUGCUAGACAUCAAAUAGAAGAAAGAAAGAGAAUUCCAGCAAGAAGAGUGGAAGAAAGAGAUGAAGGUCAUAGGCAGCACUCACGAGUUUCUCAAUUUAGUUCUGAGGAAGGACGGCGGAAGAGAUUUAAGGAAUAGGGACAGGAGGGCUAUGUUUGUCACCUUUGGAGAAUUCCCUGAUCAAAGCGGAGACCUGAAGAUGAUAUAUAGUUUUUAAAGGGACGACCAUGUUAAAUUAUCUGAUUCUGUUAUGUGGCUCCAUUUUUACAGGUAUAUGUUCCUUCUACAGAGCCCAAGCUGUACUUCUUCCGAAUUAAAACAAUAUGUCAACUUAAUUUAAUCUUGAAAAAGCUCUCAAGCAUUCUCAACCCA